CCAUGGGACAGGGGACAAUGGCCCAUGGGACAGGGGACAAUGGCUGAUGGGACAGGGGACAAUGUCCCGUGGGACCAGGGCCAGGCUCAGGGCAGCGCUGGGACACAGCCGGGGGCUCCUGGGCAGAGAUGCGGCCGGGGUGCCCCCCUGUCCCUGGGCUGUUCCUCAGCCCCUCACAGAGGAUCCAGCCGCGUCCCCUGAGUCCCUGCAGCACCCGGGGGUCCCUGGGGGUCUCUGCCCGCCAUGGAACUCCCGUUGUUGCUGCUGGUGCUGCUGGCCCGGGCCGUGGCCGGCAGCCUCCGCUGGCGGGAGCGCGGCGGCGCCGCCAGGAUCGUGCUGGACAUGGCCCCCAACUCCUUCGACGACCGCUACCUGCGCUGCCACUUCAGGAUGCUGCGGGCGCUGCCGGCGCUCAACCGCUCCGAGUUCGAGCCCUACGGCGACUACGCGGAGGCGUGGGGCAGGGCCGCGGCGCUGCGGGGCAGCUGGGCGCCCGCGGACCCGCCGCUGCCGCCGGCGCAGGCCGUCGCCCUCACGGCCUACACCAUGGAGGAGGGCCUGUACCUGGAGUUCAACAGGGCCGUGCGCGGCGCCGGGCGCUCCCGCCGGCAGUACCUGCGCGCCUUCCCCUUCAAGGUGCUGCACUUCCUGCUGACCGCGGCCGUGGCGGAGCUGCGGGCGGCGCGGGCCCGGCCCCGCUGCCUGCGCGUGUUCCGCGGCGCGGACGCGCGCUUCGCCGCCGCGCCCGGCCGCCUCGUCCGCUUCGGCCAGUUCGCCUCCGCCACGCUGCUGAAAUCCGUCAGCGACUCCUACGGCACCGCCACCACCUUCGAGGUGGACACGUGCCACGGCGCCGACAUCAGGAACUUCUCCAACUACCCCGAGGAGGAGGAGGUGCUCAUCCCGCCCUUCGAGACCUUCGAGGUCGUCAACGUCACCCACCGAGGGAACGGCACCGACAUCCGGCUGCGCUCGCACGGCGUGCACAGCACAUACAACUGCGCCUGGUUCCGAGGCAGAAGCGUCCCCAGAGAGCCCCCAGGCCUCACUGGACUCCUCCUGGCAGCCCUGGCAGCUGUCACUGGCACCCCCUGAGCCAGGAGGCCACCGGGCCUGGUGAAGACAAGGAGUCAGGGGUGGAAGCACCGGUGUCACCAGGAUGGCAGAACUGGCAGGGGACGCAGAGAGGCCCCUGCAGGGGGACACUGGACAAGCCCUGUGGACACCCUCCCUGAGCCAUGGCUGGGUGUCAGGGUGCAGCUUUGGGGGGUGGGGGGGAAUUUUCUUAUUUUUGUUUUUUUUCCCCUUCCCAUACUUUUGUUUUGAAUUAUUAAACUGGUUCUUACUCAAUCCAUGAAUUUCCUUUUCAUUUUUCUCCCUUUGAUCCUGUUCUGGUGACUCUGGACACAGGCCUGGGGUGACAGCACGAGGGGGUUUCCCACUCCCACAGGGCAGGGUUAGAUGGGAUAUUGGGAAUAAACCCUUCCCUGUGAGGGUGGGGAGGCCCUGGCACAGGGAAGCUGUGGCUGCCCCAUCACAGGACAGGGCUGGACAGGGCUUGGAGCAGCCUGGGGUGGUGGAAGUUGUCCCUGCCCAUGGAUGGAGUAGAACAAGAUGAGCUCUAAAGUCCCUCCAACCCACCCCCAUCCCAGGAUCCCUGAUAAUAUGGAAUGAGAAACCCAUUUCAGCUUUUUCCCUAUUUUGCCUGCUUCUGCCUUUAUUUUUCCCCUCACCUUUCUUAGCUUUAUUUCGCAGUUUUCCACCUCAUGCUACAACA